AUGGCCAAAUGGUUGGAAAAGUCCAAACGGCCAUCACUGGCUUCAAAUGGCUCAUCCCGGCGCAUUGACAGAGGUGGUGUACCAAUAUUUUUGGGUUAUGCAAGGCAAAUUGCCAUUCUUAUUCCUAAUGGCCUUAGGCACAGGCCAAUGACCUUCUCACCUCCCCAUGCUUCAUCUACCACCACUCCUUUAUCUGGUGGGCUAUUAGUAAAUAUAGCCAGAGGGGGUAUGAUGGAGUAUGAAUCUGUUUUUAAAUUCCUGAAAUGUGGACACUUGGGAGGGUUAGGCGUAGAUGUUGCUUGGAGAGAGCCAUUUAACCCUGAUGAUCCAAUUUUAAGCUUCAAAAACGUUAUAAUCACCCCUCAUGUGGCUGGAGUUACUGAAUGUUCUGUUAGAUUGGUAGUUGGUGAUGUUGCUAUUCAACUGCAUGAAGUAACUACUCUAAUAGGGAUUGAGUUUAUGUUGUUUUUUGUUUUUGUGCUGCCUCGAGACCCUUCUUCUUCUUCUUCUUCUUCAUAUUCAAAUGUGGCUUCUCCAUCUCCGGAGAAGUAA